AUGUCCCUACCCAAGCGAAGCAGCUUCCCACAUCACUCUUCACUCCCUGCCAAAGGAGACACCACUGCUGCAGGACAGCACGCGAAUCAGCAACAUCAUCGCCAAGCAGGUGUCCUAGCUAACAUCAUGCCCGCAACAAAGCGCAAGGCUCAGUCAGCUGCAGCACCCUCGAUCGAUGCCGUACUAGACACGCCCGCUGCACCGACCCCGUCAAAUCACAGCCACCCCUCCUGGAUCGGACCUCAGCCAGUCGCGCGGGUACCCACGCCAGGCUCAAUCAUCAUGAAGAUUCCCGUGACUAUCGAAUUCUCCUCGCCGGGGCUUCAACCACCCGUGUUCGUGUCCUCGAGCUUGAAUGGUUGGCAGCCAACGGAGAUGGAAUGUACCAAGAGCGAGCAUGGCAGGUACAGCUUCUCCAAGACGUUCACAGCAGAGGAGGGAGAAUAUCAAUACAAGCUACGCCUCGGUCCGGGAGACUGGUGGAUCUGCGACACCACCAAGCCGAGAGUAGACGACGGUGCCGGCAACGAGAACAACCUCGUGGUCGUGGAGCCCAAGUCCCACACUCUCUACGCAGCUGAUGAACGCGAACCGCACCCACAAGAAGAGUAUCAGCACGACGAACCGCCGAUGAUGAAGCAUGAAGCAUUCACAACCGGUCACACCACACAUGGGGCCCAUGGCCAUCACGACAUUGACCAUGCCGACCACGACCACCUCACACCGGAUCACCAUGUCGCAAGCCCACUCUUUAGACACGAGUCGAUCGCACCGACACCGCAACACCACGCGCAUCCUCAUGACUACAAUGAGCACUGGCCAGAGGAUGCUCCACUUCUUCGACACGAGUCUAUUGCGCCGUCGUCGCACGAACAGAGCCACUCGCCGCUCUUUGGCCACGAAAGUACGGCUAUCGACAACAAGGGUGACCACGAUGUGCGCCAUCACAUCCCGCCGAUGCAUCUUGGUCAACAGCGGAGAGGCAGUCUCGGCGAAAGGACCGGUAGCAACCGUUCGAUACCGGAGGAAGCUGAUCCAGACGACCCCAGUCUCGAGAAGUUUCCUACCGACCACGUUGGCAUCAUGGAGCAUCUUGAUCGUGUGCGUAGAGCUAGCGACUCUGGCAGUGAGCGCAGCUCGUCGCGUUCGCCAUCAAACUCUGCCGUUGCAAGCGCAUCACCCAUGCUUCCCGCGGUCAAGGAGGGUGAGGAAGAGGAGGACCUCGAGGACCUUAAGGAUGGAGCUGGUGACAAACCUCAGACGCACACGCAGGAGCACUUGGACAGGCCUGCUGCCCCGAUUACUCCACCUAUGACGCCAAAGUCAGAGGAUUCGAAAGACAAGGAUGACAGUCCUCUGGGAAUUCGAGAACAGGCUGACGCUGUCAAAAAGAGUCUGAAGGAGGUCCAUGUGCAGGAGAAGCUUGACCAGGCAAAAAGUUUGAUUGACCAGCACACGCCUGUGGUGAUUGAAAAGGCCCAGCAGGCCCAGCAAGUCAUUCAGGACAAUGUGCCACAAUCAGUGAUCGACAAAGCGCAGCAAGCACAGCAGGCCGUCCAAGACAGCGUGCCUGUGGUGAAGGAUAAAGUGCAGCAGGCAAAAGAUGUGGUAGUAGAGUCCGGCAAUAAAGGGCUCGGUUUGCUUGCGAUUGGUCUGGGUAUCGCAAUGGCAAUUGGCUCGGCAGCUCUCGCAUUCUGGCUCAUCAAAACUAAGAGUGAAGAUGUUGUUGCUGGACUUUGA